UCUCCCCGGAAUCCUGGGUCUUUUACCGAGGAAGAGGGAAGUUUCUGAUCUGGGUUUUCAGUGUCCAGGAGGACGCUUUGCUUGGUUUGACUUCUUGAAAGCCACAAUAACAGCAAUGAGGCUUUCGAGCUUCUGGUUUGCCUUCUUUCUGGUCGGGGCAGCUUUGACUUUCCUGGGCCUGUCGUCCACCGAUGGAGUUAAUUUUGCUGGCACGGGCAGUUUGGCCAAUAGAGCAACAUGCCGGAAGCUGAAGGAAGAUGGGCAUAGUCCUGGCACUUUCGAGAAGGAGAGCACUGGGAAAGCAAAUCUGGAGGAUUACGGUCCAAACAAUCCGGUCCCAAACUCAAAGGCGUCGAUAAGGCCCGGACCGAUCGACCACGGCUCUCCUCUCAUGCCAUUCAUGCCAAAGCCUUCACCUCCUAGUCCCCCCCAGCAUGGCGGGUGAGUCGUACUCGUACCAGCCAAAAGAAAGAGCUGUAGCUCUGAGCUGGGCUUGUGUAUAUGUAGGUACACGCGGGAGAAUCUAGCAUGUGUUAUCUAGAACAAAUCGUCAUGUGCAUAUUUAAUUAGGCAGUCUAGAUAUUAUGAACGUUGUGUCGGGACGAGUAUCUGUCCAUAGCCGAUAACAGCUGGGGCGCCGCGUCCCUGAUUUAUAUAAGCCGAGACGAGCUCGGGCUAGAUAACAGGGUAUCACCGUCGGCUCACCAAUGGACACAGCCUGGUUUCCUUGUUCCUUCUCAAUGUGAUUGAAUUGGAAGAACAUCAGCCAAUCAACC